GGUUAGAACCGCACAUGAUCAAAUAAGGUUAUGUUUGUGAUAUUUCAAAACAAAAUAUUUGUAUGCCUUUUAUACAAAAUGUUGAAAGUUAAUUAAAAAUAGUUUUUUAGUGUCAAAUUUGAGAAAAGUUCAAGUUAUUUGUAUAAAUAAUGUUAAUGUCAAAGAUUUUAUUUCGAACUCUUUUAAAAACAAACAAUGUGAAGUGCAAUUAUCUCCAUAAAAUUCAUUUUCAAAAAAGAAGAAUUAGAUUAUUUUCAACUGUUUCUGAAUCAGAAAAUCUUGUAUGCAAUGUAGGAACAAUAGGACAUGUUGAUCAUGGAAAAACAACUUUAACUGCCGCUAUUACCAAGUAUUUAUCUGAAUUUAAUAAAAGUUGUAAAUAUGUUUCAUAUGAUGAAAUUGAUAAGGCACCGGAAGAAAAAGCAAGAGGAAUUACAAUAAAUAUUGCACAUGUUGGCUAUUCGACGGAAAAAAGACGAUAUGCUCAUACAGAUUGUCCAGGACAUGCUGAUUUUAUUAAGAACAUGAUUAGUGGAGCAUCACAAAUGGAUGGUGCUAUUCUUAUUGUUGCUGCCGAUGAUGGACCAAUGCCUCAAACUAAAGAACAUCUUCUCCUGGCAAAACAAAUUGGAAUCAAGAACAUUAUUGUUUAUAUAAAUAAGGCUGAUGUGGCAGAUGAAGAAAUGCUUGAUCUCGUGGAAAUUGAAGUUCGAGAAUUAUUAUCAAAUUAUAAUUACAAUGGUGAAGAAAUUCCAUUUAUUCGUGGUUCAGCUCUUUUAGCAUUAAAUGGCGAUACAUCCAAAUAUGGAAUCCCAUCAGUAAUGAAUCUUCUAAACUCCUUAGAUUCAUAUCUUCCAAAUCCAAGUAGAGAUUAUAAAUCGCCGUUUAUCUUACCUGUCGACAAUGUCUUCAAUGUUCCGGGUCGAGGAACAGUCAUUGUUGGAACAAUAAAACAAGGCAUAAUGCAAAAGAACAUGCAUUGUCAUCUCCUCGGCUUUGAUGAAAAAUUCAAAACAUCAAUCUCUGACAUUCAGAUUUUUCAAAAAAGUAUUCCCGAGGCAAAAGCUGGAGAAAAUGUAGGCGUUUUACUAAGAAAUGUAAAGUACACAUCCAUUCGAAAAGGAAUGCUCCUGUGUCUACUUAACACUCAAAACAUUAGCAAUCAUUAUGAAGGUCAAAUUUAUUUGAUGUCAGCAGAAGAAGGUGGAAGAUCAAAACCCAUUCCGGUGCACGGUUUUAGUACACAAAUUUAUUGCUCAACGUGGUCCAUUUAUGGGAGAUUCGAUCUUAUUCUUCCCGAAGGUUCAAAAAUGUUAAUGCCAGGCGAACAAGCAACAACGAGAUUAACAUUUCUGGAUAAAAUGCCAGUAUUGGUUGGUCAAAAUUUCACCGUGAGAGAACACAAUAUAACAAUAGCCACUGGACGAAUCACAAAAGUAAUGGAAUCCCUUGCAGUUGAUAAAAAGAAAAUAAAUAAAACCAUAAUUCCCGGAGUAUGUGAUGUUCCCCUUGAGACAAAAAAGAAAGUCCAAAGUAAAAGUAAGUAACAAUCAAUUAAAAACCUAUAGUAAGGCGUAAAAAUUAAAUCUAAUUUUUUUUUAAAUUGAAAAAAGAAUAUUGUUAUCUAUUUUAUAUUUAUUUUCUUAUCCUCGAAUAAUUUUAUUCGUGCAUUGUUUUUUUCAAUCGUGAAUGACAAGAUGAACGUUUUUUUUUUUUAUACAAUUUACACAUGAUUCAUUUUAACGACAAAGAAAUUAAAUGGAAAAAAAAUAGAAGUAAUAAAAUAUAAUAUAACAAAACAAUUGUCUUUUUUAUAUUAGAAAACAAAAAAGACAAUUUAUCAAUGACGAAAUAGUUGGAUAUUUUAAUUUCUUUUUUAUUAAAGAACCAACGAGUAACGUAUCAAUAAUAUGUUGGACUAUUGUGUUUGUGUUUUUUUUUUUUAUCGUUCGUAUAUGGAAUUCUUUAAAAUGACACUUUUUUUUAUGUAUAAACAUGACGCGUUUUCCCGAAUGAACAUCAUUCGAGAUUUGGUACAUCACUUAUAUACGUGAACAACGCGGAUGUCGAUUACUUGUCUAAAGACGCCUUGGCCUUAAAAGCGAAUGAUU